AUGGUUGGAGGUGAUCGAAACUCGCUCAACAACGCCUACCGGGUUGAGAGACCGCGACAAGCAGCACCAGCCCCGCAGCCCAAUGACAUCCGCCAAUCCAUCGAGCAGCCGGACGGGCAGUUUGACCUGUCUCAAUACAGCGACCAGAGCGGACCGGACUUCGUCCUGGAGCGCGAGGAACCCCGGCCUCGCAGCUAUACACGCCCCCCGACCGACGGGCCUGUGGUUGACCGCACGCCGUCGCUCGCCCCGUUCUGGAGGCACACGGCGCCCGGGGAAGAUGAAGAGAGGGUUGCUCCCUACGGAGAGCUAGCGGAGAACAGGCGCGGCGCCACGGCUCAGUCUCGUGAGAAAUCAUGGGAGCGAUGUGACGAAGAGCAGGAGGAUGGUGAAGAUUGGGAGGAUGGCGAGCACGGGGAGGAACACGAGGAGCAUGUCGGCCACGGUGGAGAGCACGAGGAGAAUGGCGAGCACGGCGAGGCGGAGGCGGAGGCGGAGGCGGAGGCGGAGGCGGAGGCCGAAGACGACGAGCUUGCUCGCGUCCAACGCAAGAAGGCCCGCGCCCUCAAAGCCUGGCUGGCGAAGAAGGACCGCGCUUUCAGAGCCUCGAAGGUCAACACGCCUGACCACAGCAUGGUGAGGCCGGCGCGUGCGGCCACGCACCGCAACUACGUGUUUUGA